AUGAGUUUGAGUGGCUUGACGGCGCGGUGUUUGGCGAGUACCAGCGUUGGGGAGCUGGUGCAAGAGAAGGAUCGAAAUGAGGAUGUCACGAAAGAGCAGAGAGAGGGAGAAGAAGAUGCAUAUGGCAGUAAGGAAAGCAGCGACCUUGUCAGAAACAGCCAGGACGAAGAGGGUAUUCAGAAAGACGAGAACGCUCCAGCAUCAGCAUCUUCAACGUCAAGCACGAGCACAGACAGCGAUUCGGAGUCAGGUGGUAGUCGCGCCAGCUCCAGAGUUGCGAAACCGGGCAGGCCAGUUGCGUCUACAAGCUGCAUCCAAGAAGCGCAGCUUUCGCCUGACGGGACAUGCGUCUUCACGUCCGGCUAUGAUCGCGCGUUCUCCGUCUACCCCAUUAGCGCUGACAUACUCGACUCAACUGCUACCCGACCGUUGAAGCCGUACGCUCAGUUCAAGUCUCCUGAUCCUGUCUGGGCGUUUGCAGCGAAUCCGUUGUUCAACCUGCAGGAUCCUAGCAGCACACACGUCCUCGUCAGUCGGCGGGACAGAUACAUCACCCUGCACAACGCACUCUGGGAUGUAUCAAGUACAAUCACUGAUUCCGGACUACAAAACUCGCCCGUCGAUAUCCACACGCCACUGGCAUCCUACAAGCUGAUCAACCACCUCAACGAAGCCGUCACCGCGCCGCUCAGCCUCGCCUACUCACCCUCAGGGACGCACUUCUUCGCCGGCGGGCAGAACAGCAUCGCCAUCUUCGACCUCACCAACACAGACGAUCCCAUCCAGACGAUCCCGACGAUCCCCUCCAGGCGCAACAAACUCAAAGGCGGCGGUCGCGGCUUCAAAGGCUACAUCUCCGCUCUCUCCGUUUCACCACCAACAUCCGCUUCCUCCGAGGGCCUCCUCGCCGCCGGCGCACGCACACGCUACAUCGGCAUCUACGACAGCCUCAGCGGGAGCGAAGUAACCCACUUCUCACUCCCGGGGACUGUCGACGGCAAAAAGCUGCGCAACGAGAACCUCGCGCACGUCAUGGGCGACGGCGUCUCGAGCCUGAAAUGGAGUCCCUGCGCGCACUACCUGUACGUUGCUGAGCGCCAGUCCGAUGUCCUGCUCAUCUACGACGUGCGCAAUUUCUCCCUCGCCCUCGCGUACUGCGCCGGCCGAAAAGCGCUCACAAAGCAGAAGCUCGGGUUCGAUGUGUGGUCUGCGGGCGCUUCGCCGUAUGAUGUCCAGAGCGUCGCGCACGAGAUCUGGGCUGGUGGCACGGAUGGCAUGGUGCGCGUGUGGAAGGAUCCAUACAUGAAGGAAGGUGCUGUUGAGGCGGACGAAGUGGUUGGUAUCGGUGAUGGGGAGUCGAUGCCGGUUGUCAGUACCCUUGUACACGCUUCUGGCAGUCUGGCGGUGACUGCGCGCGGGACGCUGGACGCCGGCGACGACCCUCACGAAGGAGGGAUUCGGAGAGGUGGAGGCACCAGGCCUAGAUUCACCGAGCGAGGCUGUCUCGACAUUCUAGAGUUAUCCAGCUAUUAA